UCUGUUCAUCUGAGAAUCCACACAGGGGAGAGACCCUACAAAUGCAGUGAGUGUGGGAAAACCUUCAAUCGCAGCUCACACCUUAUUGCCCAUCAGAAAAUCCACACAGGGGAUAGGCCCUAUAAAUGCUGUGAGUGUGGAAAAUGCUUCACUGAGAGUUCAGACCUUUCUGUACAUGAGAGAAUCCACACAGGGGAGAGGCCCUACAAAUGCAGUGAGUGUGGGAAAACCUUCAAUCGCAGUUCGGACCUUAUUAGGCAUCAAACAAUCCACACAGGGGACAGGCCCUACGAAUGCAGUGAAUGUGGAAAAUGCUUCACUAGCAGCUCAAACCUUUCUCAACAUCAGAGAAUCCACACAGGGGACAGGCCCUAUGAAUGCAGUGAGUGUGGGAAAACCUUCAAUCGCAGAUCAGGCCUUUCUAGACAUCAGAGAAUCCACACAGGGGACAGGCCCUAUGAAUGCAGUGAGUGUGGGAAAACCUUCAAUCGCAGAUCAGGCCUUUCUAGACAUCAGAGAAUCCACACAGGGGACAGGCCCUAUGAAUGCAGAGAGUGUGGGAAAACCUUCACUCAAAUAUCAGCCUUUUCUCAACAUCAGAGAAUCCACACAGGGGAGAGGCCCUUUGAAUGCCGUGAGUGUGGGAAAACCUUCACUUACAAAUCAGGCCUUUCUAGACAUCGGAGAAUCCACACAGGGGAAAGACCCUACGAAUGCCGUGAGUGUUGUAAAACCUUCAGUCGCAGCUCGCACCUUAUUAGUCAUCAAACAAUCCACACAGGGGACAGGCCCUAUGUAUGCAGAGAGUGUGGGAAAACGUUCACUCAAAGUUCAGCCCUUUCUGUUCAUCAGAGAAGCCACACAGAUGAGAGGCCCUAUGAAUGCAGAGAGUGUAGGAAAACCUUCACUCACAGAUCAACCCUUUCUGUUCAUCAGAGGAUCCACAGAGGGGAAAGGCCCUAUGUAUGCAGUGAGUGUGGGAAAACGUUCACUCAAAGUUCAGCCCUUUCUCUUCAUCAGAGAAUCCACACAGGAGAGACGCCCUACACAUGCUCUGAGUGUGGGAAAAGCUUCAAUCGGUGCUCAAACCUUAGCUCACAUCAGAGAAUCCACACAGGGGAGACGCCCUACACAUGCGCUGAGUGCGGGAAAACCUUCAGUUGGCGCGCACACCUUAUCACACAUCAGAGAAUCCACACAGGGGAGACGCACUACACAUGCGCUGAGUGCGGGAAAAGCUUCAGUCGGCGCUCAAACCUUAUCACACAUGAGAGAAUCCACACAGGAGAGAUGCCCUAUACGUGCUCUGAGUGCGGGAAAAGCUUCAGGCUGCGCUCAAACCUUAUCACACAUCAGAGAAUCCACACAGGAGAGACGCCGUACACGUGCUCUGAGUGCGGGAAAAGCUUCAGCCAGCGCUCAAACCUUAUCACACAUCAGAGAAUCCACGCAGGGGAGAAGCCCUACACGUGCGCUGAGUGCGGGAAAAGCUUCAGCUGGCGUUUACAUCUUAUCUCACAUCAGAGACUCCAUUCAGGAGAGACGCCCUACACAUGCUCUGAGUGCGGGAAAAGCUUCAAUCGGAGCUCAGACCUUCUUGUACAUUGUAGAAUCCACACAGGAGAGACGCCCUACACAUGCUCUGAGUGCGGGAAAAGCUUUAAGCACAGCUCUACCCUGAGCAAACAUCGGAGAAUCCACAUGGGUGAGAAACCUUAUGGAUGCUCUCAGUGCGGGAAAAGCUUCAGUCGGCAUUCAAACCUUAUCACACAUCGUAGAACCCACACAGGAGAGACGCCCUACACAUGCGCUGAGUGCGGGAAAAACUUUAAGCACAGCUCUACCCUGAGCAGACAUUGGAGAAUCCACAUGGGUGAGAAACCUUAUGGAUGCUCUGAGUGUGGGAAAAGCUUCGGUCAGCGUUCACAUCUUAUCUCACAUCAGAGACUCCAUUCAGGAGAGACGCCCUACACGUGCUCUGAGUGCGGGAAAAGCUUCAGUCAGCGUUCACAUCUUAUCUCACAUCAGAGACUCCAUUCAGGAGAGACGCCCUACACGUGCUCUGAAUGCGGGAAAAGCUUCAAUCGGAGCUCAGACCUUCUUGUACAUUGUAGAAUCCACACAGGAGAGACGCCCUACACGUGCUCUGAAUGCGGGAAAAGCUUCAAUCGGAGCUCAGACCUUGUUGUACAUUGUAGAAUCCACACAGGGGAGAUGCCCUACACAUGCUCUGAGUGCAGGAAAAGCUUUAAGCACAGCUCUACCCUGAUCAGACAUCGGAAAAUCCACAUGGGUGAGAAACCUUAUGGAUGCUCUGAGUGUGGGAAAAGCUUCAGUCAGCGUUCACAUCUUAUCUCACAUCAGAGACUCCAUACAGGAGAGACGCCCUACACGUGCUCUGAGUGCGGGAAAAGCUUCAAUCAGAGCUCUACCCUGAGCGCACACAGCAGAAUCCACACAGGUGAGAAACCUUAUGGAUGCUCUGAGUGCGGGAAAAGCUUCAAAAAGAGCUCACACCUUAUUAGACAUCGCAAAAUCCACAUUGGAGAACUGUUACAAAUGCCUUGAUCAGGGCUGGGAAAAGAUUUAAAAAAAAAAUCACGUUUGCUAAUUCUCACAUAGUGAUCUGUGCAUCAUUUUCACUGUGGUCUCUCAGGUCCACCAGAUGAAUUGCCUGCUUCUGCCUUAUGUAUCUCACCUUCUUUGGGGUCAGUCCUGUGAUCUUUUCUAUCAA